AUGCGCUCAGGAGUUUGUGCAUUACAGCAGACCCUCACAGCUGAGGCUGCUUCAGUGUUGAAGCACUCUCUGGGGUUGGCUCGGAGGAGGGGCCAUGCACAGGUCACUCCUCUGCAUGUGGCUGCCACUUUGCUCAGCCUAAGAGGCAGUUCCUUGAGAAGGGCUUGUCUUAAGUCUCAGCCUCACCAAACUUCUCAUCCUCUUCAAUGCAGGGCUCUUGAGCUGUGUUUCAAUGUGGCUCUCAACAGGCUCCCAACAACACCUGCUACUUUGAUCCACUCUCAGCCCUCUCUCUCCAAUGCUCUUAUUGCUGCAUUGAAGAGAGCUCAGGCUCACCAGAGAAGAGGCUGCAUAGAGCAACCGCAACAACAGCCUCUUCUCACCAUCAAGGUUGAGCUGGAACACCUCAUCAUAUCCAUCCUUGAUGACCCUAGUGUUAGCCGGGUUAUGAGAGAGGCUGGUUUCUCUAGCACUGCUGUUAAGAACAACAUAGAGGAUUCCUCACCCCACUCUGUUUUCCAGUGCUACAAUAGUUCUGGCGGUGUGUUUUCUUCUCCUUGCUCACCUUCUGCCAGUGAGAACCACAGGGAAGCAACCACCAACCCUACCAAUUUCAGGCAGACUCAUCAGUUCUUAAGUUCUCAUGCUUCUGAGUUCCACCCUUCACUUCUCUUUUAUCCACUAAAGAAUGCACCAGUAUGCUCCAUCACCGGUGCAGCUUCUUCUAGUAAGGAUGACAUCAGGGUUCUUCUGGAUAUAUUCUUGGGGAAUAAGAAAAAAAACACUGUGAUUGUAGGCGACUCUGUGUCAUUAACAGAGGGCCUUGUGGGAGAGCUAAUUGGAAGGAUAGAAAGGUCAGAAGUGCCUGAUGAGUUAAAGUCAACCCCUUUUAUCAAAUUCCAAAUUUCACAUGUUUCAUUGAGUUGCAUGAAAAGAGAUGAAGUUGAAAUGAAAGUCUUGGAACUGAAAAGGAGGGUGGAUUCCGUUGCAUCAGGAGGAGCGGGUGGCAUUUUUUAUAUUGGAGACCUGAAGUGGACAGUGGAGGAGGCAAGUUUCAGUGACAAACAGGAAGGUUCCCCAGAAGGAGAAGUUUCUGGUUACAAUCCAGUUGAUCAUUUAAUUUCAGAAAUUAGAAAGUUAUUCUGUGACUGUGGAACAUCAAAUAAUGCUAAGAUGUGGCUCAUGGCCACUGCUAGUUACCAAACAUAUAUGAGGUGUCAAAUGAGGCAACCCCCUCUCGAGAAGCAGUGGGCUCUUCAGGCUGUUCCUGUUCCAUCAGGUGGACUUGGCUUGAGUCUUCAUGCUCCCAGUGUCCUUGAUUCAAAGAUGACCAUCUCCCAAAACCAAUCUCAUGUUCCUGAAACAAAGCCCUUUGAUAACAAGGAGCGGCAGGAUAAGCUCAACUGUUGUGAAGAAUGUGCCUCCAAUUAUGAAAAAGAAGCCCAAUUACUUAGGCCAGAUGAAAAGAAAAUGUUGCCAUUCUGGCUUCAGUCUCAUAGCACAGAAGACAAUAAUAAGGAUGAAUUAGUCCAGCUGAAAAGAAAGUGGAAUAGACUUUGUCACUGUCUCCACCAAAACAAACAGCCUCAUAACCAAUGGAACUGGAACAACAACAGCUAUAAUUCACCAAGCUCCAUAUCCUUUGCCAACAAUGCCACACAUUGUUCCACCUCCAAACUUGUCCCUCGAUUCCGGCGCCAACAAUCAUGCAUCAUUGAGUUCAAUUUCGGCAACAAAAGGGAACCAUCAGAGCCGGUCUUAGAUUCCCUUGAGGGCAUGGAAGACAAAGAAGUAAAGACUACUCUUGCUCUUGGCAAUGGCGGUUCAGGUGAGACGGUGGGGGAUAUAACUGAUGAUAGCACACUGCAAAGAGCUCAUAUUUGUAAACUAUUGCAGGAUAAUAUCCCAUGGCAGUCUGAGACUGUUCCUUCAAUAGCAGAAGCCUUGAUCGAUUCCAAAUCAGCAAAGCGAAGUAACAACAUUACUUGGUUACUUGUGCAAGGCAAUGACAACAUUGGGAAAAGAAGGUUGGCACUUGCAGUUGCAGAAUCAGUUUUUGGCUCAACUGAUGUGCUCCUUCAAUUUGAUAUGUUAAAGAGAAAGACUUCAAUAGCCCCAUUCUCUGAAAUGAUAGUAGGAGCACUGAAAACCCACCAACAGCUUGCGGUGCUGAUAGAAAAUGUUGACUUUGCUGAUGCCCAGUUCAAGAAAUUCCUCUCAGAUGGGUUAGAAACAGGAAUGUUUGGAAAUUCCACGGAAGAGAACUCAAGCCAAGUAAUACUCAUAUUGACAAGUGGUGGAUCCACUAGCAUUGAGGAGAAGAAUGAGGAAUUGGUGAUGAAGUUGUUGUGGCAGGUUAGCGAAACCAAGCCUAACUUAGACACUACAUCUGUUGCAACUAGGAUCACGGCGCCUUGUCUGGGCAACAAAAGAAGAGCUGAACUUGAUUUGUUUUCAAACCCCAUGAGUUUUCAUGGGAGCAAGAAGAAAGUGUUUUCAACACAUACAAGCUUUAACACUCUUGAUCUGAACAUGAAAGCUUAUGAAGAAUGUGAUGGGGAGGGAAAAGCUGGAGAAGGUAGCCCUAUUUCAAGUGAUUUGACUAGGGAAACUAUAGCUGAUCCACUGAACCAAAACGGAUUUCUUGACUCAAUUGAAAACCGGUUUGAGUUCAACACAAGUCCAGUUAAAGACAGAGAGAUGGCAGAGUUCUUUUUGUGCAAGAUAAAAGGGUCUUUUGAGGAGGUUUGUCGCAAGCAAUGUGUGGAGAAUUUAACUGUAGAUGAGAGGGUGAUUGAGAAUCUUUGUUUUGGGUGUGGUUAUUUUACCAACAAAUUGUUUGAGAAAUGGCUGAAAAUGGUUUUUCAAAGCAGCUUAGAAACGGUUAACUUUGGAGGGAAGGAGGGUAUACUUUUUAGACUUUCUUGGGGUGGUAAAGGAGAUAGAAAAUCAGAUAGUGGGUUCAUGAGUUCUUCUCUGCCCAAGAGUAUCCAAGUUAAUUACUUCAUAGAGUGA